AUGUCAGUCUCCAUCGACCCACCAGAGCAGAACUCGAACCCAAUUUCUCAUCUCCUCAGCUCCAUUUCUUCCUACGAUGGCAACGUAUUGCUAGCUGCCAUCGUCUCUCUGAUUCUCGUAAUUCUCUUCGUGUUGCUCCUCCACGUCUACGCCAAAUGGUUCUUGGCUCAAGCUCGUCACAGAAGUCGAUCUUCUUCCCUAUCUCACGUCUUCCACCCCGAUCGCCUCCGCCAUUUCCACGCCUUCAGCGCCACUUUCCCCACCACCCCAUCAAAGGGUCUCGAUUCCUCCGUCAUCUCAUCCAUUCCAUUGUUUGUUUUCAACGUGGAAGAACACCACAAGCUUGGGUUAGAGUGUGUGAUCUGUUUAAGUCUGUUCGAGGAUAAUGAAGUUGGAAGGAACUUACCCAAGUGUGGCCAUGGCUUCCACGUCGAAUGCAUUGAUAUGUGGCUCAACUCUCACUCAAAUUGUCCCCUUUGCAGAGCUCCUGUGUUGGGUACUGAUCAUACGGAUUCUCAAGCGAGUUCGUUAGAGAGUGGGGGGGAAAUAUCGAAUGGUGAGAAUCUUAGUGAUUCAUCCUAUUCUGGUGAUGUCGCCAUUGAUGAUAAUGAUCAUCUUUCAGCAUCGUCUUCUUCUUUGACACUCUCUUUGAAGAGAAUGCUUAGUAGGAACAGAUCAGAGAGCAAAGUUUUUCCCUCAUCAAUCCCACCCAGUGAGGUUCAAGUUUGA